AUGGCUAUUCCUCGCGACCGCCAAAGCGCCAAAGAACUCGUGCAGCAGAUUGCAAAGGAUCAUGGCUACCUGGGCGAGGAGAAGCUACGGAGGAUCGAGCCAGAUCUCCGCCGCGAGAUUGAAGAAGCCUUCCUCAAGAAAGACCUGAUGAUUGGCUCGACUGUCAUAACUCUGGCGAAGAACCUGUACACCAGCAAAGCCCGUUUCGUCUUCGAGCUGUUGCAGAAUGCAGACGAUAACAAAUUCGAAAAGGCUGUGGCCUUGGGGUCUGUACCUUUUGUCUCGUUCCGCGUAUAUCCGCGCAAGAUUGUCCUGGAGUGCAAUGAAGAUGGCUUUAAUCAUGACAACCUGGUGGCUAUAUGCUCUGUAGGAAAGAGUUCGAAGACAGGUGCCCAAGGCUACAUUGGCGAGAAAGGAAUAGGCUUCAAGUCCGUUUUCAUGGCAGCUUGGAAAGCCCAUAUCCAAUCAGGCAGCUUUUCCUUCUCUUUCACUCAUAGGAAUGGAGAUUCCGGCAUGGGAAUGAUAUCCCCGGUCUGGGAGGAAGCCAGCGACCAGCCUACAUCGCAGCUGACGAGGAUCACCCUUCAUCUACAUGAUACCGGAGACGCUGAUGUGUUGAAAAAAACUCGAGAGAUUAUUCAGGAGCAAUUCGAAGAGCUCGAAGAGACUAUCCUUCUAUUCAUGAAGAACCUCAGACGCGUCAAUGUCAGCUUUUACGACGAGGAUGGAGACGAGACAUCGUCCGCUGCCUACUCGAUCAAGCGCCCGCGGACUACCUUUGCCAUUCUUGAGAGGACCAAGACCAUCAAUGGCACAACGCAGACACAAGUCAAGCACUUCCACGUCACCACCCACCAAGCGACAAACCUCGCAAAGAACGAGAAUCGAACGUACUCGGACACCGAAGAGGCCACCCGCGCAUACUCGAAGUCUCAGAUCACGCUUGCAUUCCCAGUCACAGAAGCUUCGGUCCCCGUCAUCGAGCCCCAGAACGUCUUUGUCUUCUUGCCUGUUCGCCCUGUUGGGUUCAAGUUCUUGAUACAGGCCGACUUCGUGACGGAUGCAAGCCGACAGGAUAUUGUCAGGGAUUCCCUUCGUAACAAUGGUCUGAUCGAUGGUAUCGCCGAAGCCUUCGUCAAAGCAAUUCUGCAGUUCUGCAGGCAUGACACCUUGCGGUACCAGUGGAUGAGAUACUUGCCCGACAAGAACUCUACGAAUUGGAACGGCCUAUGGCUUGCCCUGGUGAACAGAAUAGCUGGUGGACUCGCUAGAGCGGCCGUGUUGUACGGCCAGAAGAGGGCCGACGGGCGUCUCAUUAAAGACCUUGUCCGGCUGCAGACCGACCACCUUGAUGAGAAUGGAGAGCCCCUAUUCGAUGAUGUUGAGCCGGAGCAGAUGAUUUCACGACGUUACAGAGACAGCGAUUUGGAUUUGCUGCGAAGUUAUGGACUCGAUGGUGGCGGUCCAGAAUGA